AUGGAUGUGCAAAAGAAUCAGAAUGUCAUCCUUGAAGACAAAGAUAUUUUUAAAUCCAAGGAGUGGGAAAAAAAAAAUAGCAUGCUAUCUAACAUAAACCAAAGCUUCAAUAUUUUUGCUCACAAGAAGGGUGACAGAUUUAAAGGAAAUAGGCCUCUUUUAAGAACUAAAGUGUGUACCAGAAUGGCUCAGGAAUUAAUGAUUUGGGGCAAGAGUUCCAUUCAGCAUCAAACUAAGAUAAAACAUCCUAUUUCUCAUUCUUUAGGAUUGUCUCAUGAAGAGACUGAGAUAUCUUCAAAGUUUCAGAAGAAUAAUUGCCAACAGGAAAAAAAAUGCUUCCAGCACAAUGGGCAGAGCUCCACAAAGCAAGUGCUUCCCUGUAUUUCCCAAAAUUCUGCUAGCUUGAGAGAAGCAAUGUCUCCAUUGCCUGUUGGACAAACACAAUCCUCAGUAGGCCAUUUGAAUCUGAAAUACAGUGAUAUGUUCAAGGAAAUAAAUUCUAACGACAAAGGUCCUGGCAUUUAUGAAAUGUUUGGGACUCCGGUAUAUUCCCGUAAGCCUGAUGGAUAUGAUGAGAGUAAAGGUAACAGGAAUGUGCAUUCUGCUCCAACUGGGUGGUGUAAUGCUAUGAAAUAUAAAUCCAACCAUUUCAGUGGGAAGAAGAGUAGCAGAAUAAGAAGUCCCCAGAGGAAAACAUACUCUAAAUCACACAAGAGCCUCAGUAUUAAGCAGAAGCCGAAGGAGAAAGAAGUGGCACCAAAAAAGGUGUCCAAGUUAACAGGCUGCAGUCUAGAACAGGGCAAAGAUGUGCCUGUCGCUUGUGCUGAUCUGCAGAUUCAGCCAAAAGGGAACACUGAGUCAUAUUAUGAAGAUACUGAUCAGCAAGCUCAGAUUUCCACUGAGUUUCCCGAAUCUGCAAAGCAAAAUGAAGUCUUUCCUAAUUCAGGCUUGUCACCAAUUGAAGAAGUCUCUUUGGAAUAUACUUCAGAUGAUGAUGAUGAUGCUUUUCCUAGGAAAGCAUUUGCUACCAACAUCCAGGAGUUACUUUGGCCAGAGGUUAAAAUUCAUGCAGAAUAUGCUCCUUUCUUUAGCUGUGUGAAAAAUACAAAUGAACAAAAUAAUGCUGUAAAGAGUAGAAUCUUAAGGGAUGGACAAAAUAAAACAGCUGGUUGCCUUGUGGAGCAGGAAGCAAGCCAGAUUUUACACUGUGAGGAUAAUCAAAAGCCUUCUGCAUCCUCUUUUACAGACCGAAUAAGCUCACUUUCUCCAGAAAAUCUCCAGCUUGGAAAUGUCACUAUAGCAAAUAUGACACCUGCAUGGACUUGCUAUCUUGCAAACCCAGUCUCUCAGUCAUAUACAAAUGUCUUUGGUUAUGAAGACUAUAAGGAAGUAACGGAAGACAUAUUUUGUUGUUCAGUCACUAAAUUGCUUUCUCUGGGUGGGGCAAAUGGCAACAGUUCUAGUGCGAUGAUCAAAAAUGUAAAUGUGGAGGCACAAAAUGGAGACUGUUGGGAUACAGAUGAUAGAACAGCAAAUGUUAAAAAUAAUAAGAAUUUUUGUCUGGAUUUCAUUGAAUAUGAUGAAGGAAAUCCACUUUUAUAUGGAACUGCUUCUUCAGAAAACAGCUUAAUUAACCAAGAUUCUAUUUUGUGGACCAAAGGUGAAAUCCUUGGAAAAGGAGCAUAUGGCACAGUUUAUUGCGGACUUACAAGCCAAGGACAAUUAAUAGCCGUGAAACAAGUAGCACUGAAUGCUUGUGACCAAGCUGGCAAUAAAAAGGAAUACCAGAAACUGCAAGAAGAAGUUGAGAUUUUGAAAAACCUAACACAUGUCAACAUUGUAGGAUACUUGGGGACAGGUUUAGAAGAUAACAUAGUAAGCAUCUUCAUGGAGUUUGUUCCCGGUGGCUCCAUUUCCAGUAUUAUUCAUCGUUUUGGGCCAUUGUCAGAAAUGGUCUUUUGUAAAUAUACAAAACAGAUUGUACAAGGAGUUGCAUAUUUACAUGAAAACUGUGUGGUCCACAGAGAUAUUAAAGGAAACAACGUUAUGCUUAUGCCUAAUGGCAUAAUCAAACUCAUAGAUUUUGGAUGUGCAAAGCGCUUAGCCUGUGUGAGUCUGACUAAUACACAUAGUGAACCUCUGAAAUCUGUGCAUGGCACUCCAUAUUGGAUGGCUCCAGAAGUGAUAAAUGAAUCUGGCUAUGGAAGGAAAUCAGAUAUCUGGAGCAUUGGCUGCACUGUUUUUGAGAUGGCCACUGGAAAGCCACCAUUGGCUGCCAUGGAUAAACUAGCAGCCAUGUUUUACAUAGCUGCCCACAGAGGACUUAUGCCUUCACUACCUAAGCAUUGCUCAGAGAAAGCAGUCGAUUUUGUACAUCUGUGCUUAACAAGGGACCAACAUGAACGGCCUACUGCCUUACAAUUGUUGCAACACCCUUUCAUAAUACGAAACUCAUGAAACUUGGCAGUGCUUCUAUUAAACAAAUGUCAAAUUAUUUUGUGUGUAUGGAAAAAUGGUCUUUAAACUGAGAAACUAUGGUUGGUAUAAAACUUGUAAAGGAUGCUGAAAUAGUAAAUUUUCACCUUUUCUGAAUGAACUUUGUAUCAAAGAAGUUACCAAAUAAGAGUGUGUGUGUGUGUAAAUAAGUUCAAAUAAUUAGACCUAUCAGGGCUUUUUUUACUGAAACAAUUCACAUUCCUGCCCUUCCCCUCCAGUGGAGCCACUUGGAGGCGGAGAAGCCUUUGGAGCAACCUGCAACACCAUAAGCUAAAAAUAAUAAUCUAUACAGUCCUGGAGAAAGAAGUAUUCUCGUACUCUCUAGAUUCUGGCAUAAAAUUAAGAGUCCAAUGUGAAUUACCAGCACACAAGAUAUUCCUGAUAAUCUCAGAUUUGUGUUCUUAAGCAACAGUACUUUCAAGAACCUAUUGUAUUACAUGUAAAUGUGGGAAUGCUAUAGCACAAUCCAGUGCAAAUUUUCUCAGAAAUCUCUUUACAUUAAGUGUUGGAUUACAUUGGAGUGUAUAUUUCUACGUUAAACAAUGUUACAGAUAGAAGACAAGACUUGAUUGUUACUCAUGUCUAGAUUGCCCAGGUAGGCAAUUCCAACAAAGUUCAAAAACUAUUUUAAAAACUACUUAAACAUUCAAGUAUAGACAGACAUUUUGUGCAUUGAAAAGUUCAUUUAACUAUCCUAUUUUAUGGUAUUCUCUCCUGAGACAUGCAGCUAGCCUAAACUGCCAUCUUUUAAGGGACUCUACAAACCUUAUUUGAAUGCUGUUUCUUGAUGUACUGUAUAUAUUCAUGUAUAAGCCCAUAUGUGGAUAAGCCAACCCUCAAUUUUUUAAUCAAAAUAGCAUAAAAAAUGUGCCACCCCAGACAAGCCGAUCCACAUUUUUCAUGGUAUUUUGGUUAAAAAUUUGAGGGUCUGCUUAGCUGUGGAUAGACUAUACAGGAUAUACAGGUACUUUUUAAAAGUAUGACUAUAUAUACUGAUAAGCUGAACCUGAUUUUUUGGGUGCACAUUGGAGCCUAAAAUUCUUGGUUUAUUUGCAAGUAUAUACGGUAUACUUUAAAAUGGCAUUUUUGGAAUUUAGUUUUAUUAACUGUUUUUAAUACUACAUUGUGCUAUAAAAGGUCUGUUCUUCUAUCUGCUAGCAAAUGGAAGAACAGGUUUCCCCACUGAUAUUAUCUUUAGCACCUUUUGAUGCAUCUUUUAGUUUCUGUUGUAAACAUCUUCACAUUUGGGUCAUCCUGCCCUGCAAGUGUUCUGCCAUCCAUAUUUCACUCAGAUCUAUGUAAUUGUCAGUGCUAGCAUAUAUUUAUAUCCAUAGCAUUCCUCCACCUUGUUUCUUGCUUCUCCGUAAAACAUUCCAUCACUGUUUUCAGCAAACAUAGGCUUUACAGGAAUCUGGGAACAAAGAACCUAGUAAAAAUUCUCAUCCUCUGGGGAUUUGGUACCCUGCCUAUGUUGCUCCCAAUGAUGGGGAAAGACAGUAAAGGAGAAACAUGCAGAUUUAUACAGAAGAAGAAAUCCAACUUUCCUUAAUUUCACAUUAAAUUAGCACAUAAUACUGAUUGUACUUGAACAUACCCUUAUCUAGGACUACA